AUGAAUAUCACGGACUUCCCGCAAGAAAUCCUCGACGAGAUUUUCAAAACUUUCCUCUCGUUCAAGCCGCGCAAGCGUGUUGCAAACCUGACCUGCUCUGCGCUCACUUGCAAAGCCUUUCUCCCACCUUGCCAACGAUAUCUGUUUUCCACCGUCCGGCUCCUGGCAAACGAUACUACCAAACGAGAUCGAGUGUUGUCAGUUGGUAGUAGCGCUGACGCGCUCGUGCGCGACGGCACGCCCCCAUUCCGGGAAUACAUACCUUUGACCCAGGCCUUCACCCGACUCCUGAGGUCUCCACUCCUCACCACCCUCGUUUUCUCGAAAAUUGCAUGUCCUAGACCGUUAGACGAAUGCCCAUACGUGGAAAAUCUGAGCGUUUUGGGCCCUAUCGAUAUUGAAUUCUUGACUCUCAAUCGAGCCAAUCCUCCCAUUUACAAACCGCAGAUCAAACCGCAGAUCAAAUCGCUGUCUUGUGAAGCUUCGAUGAAGACGAUCCAACACUUAUUUCCCUACUUUUGCACAGAGAUAAUACAAUCGGGUGAGGUUGAUAUUUCAGCCCUUCGUCAACUCGUCCUAUCCGGGGAGCGUGGACAUUCAAGUGACCUAACGGAGAAUCUCAUCAACUAUGUGGCUGGUACGCUAGAAGAUCUCGAUUGUGGUUCCGUCAUUUUACCUCCCAAGUUCAAGUCAAUGCCUCACCUCCGUAUUUUGAAGCGGCGGAUCAUUCUCCCUACCAAUGGCCCUCCCGAGCAGAAGCUCAAUCAGCUCCGUGACGUCCUCACACACAGCACUACCACCUCCAAGGUCAUCGAACGUAUAACCAUCAACUUACUCGUCGUUCAGAUGGGCUUCCAAGAGCUCGUCCAUCUCGACUGGUCCGACGUUGAUGAUGUAUUCGAAACCCCUCCGCGAACGUUGAAGGAGUUCACGUUGGCUGUGAAUUACAGGGGUAAGCCUCUGCCAGUACUUCGCAGGGAUCGAAUCGCCUUCAAAUCGCUUAAGGAACGACGGUUGCCUAACCUGACAGGAAUGGCUUCUACAGGUCCCGAUGUUUUCAAGUUUUCUUUUAUCACGCUCUAG